UUAAACCCUGGGCCCUGGAAAAGCCAUGAAUUUUGAAUUUGAGAGGGAGAUCGGGUUUAUAAAUAGCCAGCCUUCGCUCGCAGAGUGCCUGACGUCUCUUCCCGCUGUCCUGGAGACAUUUCAAACUUCAUCAAUCAAGGACUCGACAUUAAUUCCUCCUCCUUUUGAGCAAACCGUCCUCAGCCUGAAUCCUUGUUCCAGCAGCCAGGCAAGACCGAGGAGCCAAAAAAGAGCAUCCCAUGGCCUGCUCCAGCUCCAGCCCCGGCCUCCGGCACAGCCCGGCCCCUUGGCCGCCGAAUUCCCCUGGAUGAAGGAGAAGAAAUCGUCCAAGAAAGCUACCCAGGCUCCAUCCUCUUCUUCCUCCUCUUCCCCCCCAUCAUCUGCCUCGGUGCCGGUCCCUGCCGCAGGAUCUCCUGCAGACAUCCAGGGGCUGGCGGACACCGGCGGCUCCAGGAGGCUCCGGACCGCGUACACCAACACGCAGCUGCUGGAGCUGGAGAAGGAAUUUCACUUCAACAAAUACCUCUGCAGGCCCCGGCGGGUGGAGAUCGCGGCUCUGCUCGACCUCACCGAGCGGCAAGUCAAGGUCUGGUUCCAGAACCGCCGGAUGAAGCACAAGAGGCAAACCCAGUACAAAGAGCCCCCCGACGGGGACCUCGCCUACCCCAACCUGGACGAGGGCAGCGACCCCGCGGAGGAGGCUGAGGAGGGCUCCGCUUUCGGGCCGGCUCCGGAGCCCGCCGGGCCCUACCCGAGCGAGGAGCCGGGGAGCGGGGAGCCCGGGAGCCCGCGGCUGGCGGCGGCCGGGCCGGGGCGGGCGGCCGCGGGGGAGCCCGGCACCGCCGGCGGCCCCUCGGACCGAGCCUACCCCGAGAGCCGGGACUCGCCUUUGUUGCCGGAGCUGGGCAUCUUCUCGGCAGAGUCCUGCCUGCAGCUCUCGGAGGGGCUUUCCCCCGGUCUCCAGGGCUCCCUGGAGAGCCCCGUCCCCUUCUCCGAGGAAGACCUGGACUUUUUUACCAGCGCACUUUGUACUAUAGAUUUGCAACAUUUACAUUUCCAAUAG